UGUAUGGGGCGGUAUCACGUGGGUGGUGACGUCGUCAGGCCUGCGCGCAGCCGUGACCGGUGUAAAGAAGAUGGUGCUCAUCAAGGAAUAUCGUGUGGUCUUGCCGUGCUCGGUGGAAGAGUAUCAAGUCGGGCAGCUUUUCUCGGUGGCUGAGGCCAGUAAAAACGAGACGGGUGGAGGAGAAGGCAUUGAAGUGCUCAAGAACGAACCCUAUGAGAAGGAAGGCGAGAAGGGACAGUACACACACAAAAUCUACCACUUAAAGAGUAAAGUGCCAGGCUUUGUGAAGAUGAUCGCACCAGAGGGGGCGUUAGUUUUCCACGAAAAGGCCUGGAAUGCUUAUCCAUACUGCCGCACGAUUGUGACUAAUGAAUACAUGAAAGAUGACUUCAUGAUUAAAAUUGAAACAUGGCACAAACCUGACACGGGCUCUUUAGAGAAUGUACAUGAUCUGGAUCCCACCACAUGGAAGACGGUGGAAGUCGUGCAUAUCGAUAUAGCCGAUCGGUCUCAGGUUGAACCUGGAGAUUAUAAACAGGAUGAGGACCCAGCAAUCUUUCAAUCAGAGAAAACGGGCCGUGGACCUUUGGGACCAGACUGGAAGAAAGAGCUCUUGGCUAAGCCGGACGCCCCUCGUAUGUGUGCGUACAAACUAGUCACCGUCAAGUUCAAGUGGUGGGGCCUGCAAACCAAAAUAGAAAACUUCAUCCACAAGCAAGAGAAGAGAAUCUUCACCAACUUCCACCGUCAGCUCUUCUGUUGGAUUGACAGCUGGGUGGAGCUCACCAUGGAGGACAUCCGCCGGAUGGAGGAGGAGACGCAGCGAGAGCUGGAAGAGCUUCGUAAAACUGGUCAGGUUCGAGGCACCAGUGCUGCUCACGAACAAUGAGGCUAAACUUCAAGAAUCCAACCACGAUGACACUUGAUGAAAGACAUCUCCUCAUCCAACCAAACCGGCCAGUAGCUGCGCCGUCCUCCACCAGCAGACCGCAGAAUGACACAGUGAUCAGUAGUACUGUACUCACACACCUGCCGACAGAG